GGUAGUGAGUAAUGUUGAGUCAAGUAUCCAUACAAUCAGUAAGAGUGUUAAGAUGUCUGGGCACGUUUAAAGUGCAAUGUUGUAAGCAACAUUACUCCUGCCUGCAACCUCCUCACCUUUCUACUACUACUCCUAAACACCUUUCUCGCCAGUUGUCCAGUACUUCUGAUCCAGAUGACCCUAUCUCCCGCUGCCCCAAGUGCGGAGGCCCACUAAACAAUCUGAAGGGAGUUUCCACCACCCCACGAUUUGUGAAAUGUCAGCAAUGUGAAUAUUUCUACGUUUGUGACAUUUUCAACAAUGACAUGAGAGUCGAAUCAAGCCACCUUGACCCAGCGUACGACACCAAAGAAGACAGACUUCCUACCCCUAAAGAGAUAUUCUCGUAUCUGAACGAGUAUGUUAUAGGACAGAGCCACCCGAAGAAAGUGCUAUCAGUUGGUAUCUACAAUCAUUACAAGAGGAUACAGAUAAACUUAUCUGAGAAGAAAUCAUCUAGAGUGUCGGGUAUCUCCAAGAUGGAUAAAACUAACGUCCUGCUUCUCGGUCCUACAGGGACGGGUAAGACCUUGUUAGCUCAGUCACUGGCCCAUUGUCUAAAAGUUCCUAUGACUAUUUGUGACUGCACUUCUCUAACUCAAGCUGGGUAUGUGGGGGAGGAUGUGGAGUCUAUUAUCGCUAAACUUCUUAUUGCUGCCGACUUUAAUGUGGACAAGUGUCAGCGGGGCAUCGUCUUUCUCGAUGAGGUUGAUAAGAUCUCGAUGCGGUCUAAAGAUGUACAUGUGCGGGACGUAUCAGGUGAGGGAGUACAGCAGGCUCUCCUCAAACUUCUAGAAGGAACUUUAGUUACUAUUCCUGAACGACUUAUUCCCUCUCGAAAACUCAGAUCGGAGCCCAUUCAGAUUGAUACGACCAAUAUUCUUUUCAUUGCUUCCGGAGCUUUUGCGGGGAUCGAGAAGAUUGUCAGAAACAGAAAAGUUAAGAAAACGGUCGGGUUUGGUAGCCCUAUUUCUAAAGAUGCAGCUAUUCUUGAUCAGACCAAAAACAAAGAAAACUUCGAGCAACAACUUAAAAUUAACGAUGACUUUUUAAAGGAGAUUGACGCAGAAGAUCUGGUGAACUACGGGAUUAUACCUGAGUUUGUGGGCAGAAUGCCCCUCUGUGUAUCUCUCAUGUCAUUAGAUCGCGAGGCUCUGGUAACGAUCCUAACCCAGCCCAAGAACUCAAUAAUAUCUCAAUACAAGUACAUGUUCACUUUGGAUGACAGCGCACUCGUUUUCACUGAUGAUGCUCUGGACGCCAUUGCUGAACUGGCCAUCAAGAAACGAACUGGUGCACGUGGUCUGAGGAGUAUAUUAGAGAAUGUACUAAUGGAGAUAAUGUACGAAGUUCCAGGAUCAGACAUAACUCAAGUCACGAUAACGAGGGAAGUGGUGGAGAAGCAGUCACAACCUCUCUACAAACGAGUUGAUAAAGGGGACAAGGAAGAGAGUGCAGCAGCUGCUAUUAAAAUAUAA